UUUUUAUCAUUCUCAUUCAUUGGACUUUGACUGACUUUUUAACCUUUUUGAAGAAUUUUCAAAGUUUUUAAAAUAGGAAGAAGAUAACUUUUAUAAUGUUUUCGCCGUGCAGCAGGCAUUUAUUUUUUUCUACACAGCUUCGACGAUUGCAGAGUACUCUCGUCUUAGCAGAACAUAACAACGAAGGCUUAUUACCUGUCACACAAAAUACUUUGAGCGCUGCGAAGAAAAUUGGCGGAGACAUCUCCGUCCUUGUAGCAGGAACUAAAUGUGGCCCAGCUGCAGAACAGAUAUCCAAAGCGAGUGGUGUAUCGAAAAUUUUAGUAGCUGAGAGUGAUGCAUUCAAGGGCUUCACCGCUGAAACUCUGGCACCUCUCAUAUUAGCGACUCAGAAACAGUUUAGUUUCACACAUAUCUUAGCACCAGCGACUGCUUUUGGCAAAGCUAUCCUGCCUAGAGUAGCAGCCAAGUUGGAUGUCUCACCUAUAACAGAUAUUAUUGGUGUAAAAGACGCAAACACCUUUGUAAGAACUAUUUAUGCAGGAAAUGCUAUCUUAACAUUAGAGGCAAAAGACCCAAUUAAAGUGGUAACAGUGCGAGGCACUGCUUUCGCUCCUGAGCCACUGGAAGGUGGGUCGGCAGCGGUUGAGAAGGCUCCGGAAGGUGACUACAAGACUGAUCUUGUGGAAUGGUUGUCUCAAGAACUGACAAAGUCAGACAGACCUGAGUUAACUAGUGCCAAGAAUAUUGUAUCUGGAGGUCGUGGUCUGAAGUCGGGUGAUAAUUUCAAGCUAUUGUACGAGCUAGCGGACAAGCUGAACGCGGCCGUGGGCGCGUCUCGUGCUGCUGUAGACGCUGGCUUCGUGCCCAACGACCUGCAGAUCGGACAGACCGGCAAGAUUGUAGCACCUAAUCUAUACAUUGCGGUGGGAAUAAGCGGUGCUAUACAACAUCUUGCUGGAAUGAAGGAUUCCAAAACAAUUGUUGCCAUCAACAAGGACCCGGAAGCUCCCAUCUUCCAGGUGGCAGAUUACGGUUUAGUAGCGGACUUGUUCAAGGCAGUUCCGGAGCUAACCUCAAAGUUGUGAACAGUGAAUACUUUAGUGUUAGGCGUAACAUUUUAUAAAUCAUUUUCUAUUUAAAGUUUAUAUAUAUUCGUAUUGAAUCAUGUAAAUAUAUACGAGAAUUAUUUUUAUUAUAUCGUAUUAUUAUGAAAUAAAAAUCUCUAUUAAA